GUGAUCAAUGGUCCAGUGACUCGCACGGGCCCCAGCGCUUCAACGUCAACCACAUCGAGAAAUCCAGACAAUGUUACACCUGGGAUUUGUCUAUUUGCUCACUCUGCUGUUGGUCCUGCUGCAGAUCAGUCAACCCGCAGAUGGUAUCAUAUUCCGCUUGAUAUCAGAGACCCUGCAGAACAACGUGGCCGGCGAGCCCAUCACACAUCAGGUCACCCAAUGGAACUUCGAUCCAGACGCGGCAAAAAAGUCUCGUGCCCUUUACUAUGAGAAAAACGGAUACCGUUCAUCCAAGUUCAUCGAGCGACUGGGAGCGGGCGUGGAUGGGUUGCACGAGGAGCGACGACUGCAGCAGGCUAUUCGCGAUAUGGGUCGCCUCGGUGGCGAGCACAAUGAGAAUUAUCCGCCUUCACCAGUUUAGUCAUAAAUAAUUACCGUUUACAUCGUUUAA